UGUAUUAUAGUGGCGAAUAUGAAUGCGAACGAGAGGAAGACGAAGAAGUCCAGGGCAGUGGGGUGCAUCGAGCAUUAAAACACGCGGUGAACGCCGGACUUUUGAGACAUAGAAGCGGACGUUACAAGGUACUAGCCACUAUGAGUCCCGCUCCUGUUUCAUCCGUAAAGGAACCGGCUAACAAGAAUCAAAAGAGUGAAGAGAAGAAACUGAAGUCCGACGUACGAACGUCGAUCGACGACUCGAGAUCCCCUAUUCGAACGCAGAAACGCAAAAAAAAGUAUACUUCGAGGAGAGAAAUUAUUAAACACAGUGAUAAGGCGAAGAGUAAAAACCGGUCACCGCGCAAUAAACAAGCUUACGCAACUAUUCGAGAUCAAAAGCGAAAACGUUCUCACGAGGACGAGGAGUUUGAGGCUCAGUCGUCCGAACGGUAUGUCGUGCACGGUAGGGAGGAGUCGCCCGUGUCGUUCAAUCGUCGAGCGCAGCGCCCGAGAGUAUCCAAGCGAGAACUCGAGUCCUCCGACCUCUCCGACGGGAGCGAUCGCGACGUGAACCGGAAGCGCGUUUCCCGAGCGAAUGCACCGUCUCGUCGGGAACCCAGGCGAAGAGAGGCGCGCGGAAGAUCGAGGGACAGGUCUUCGUCGCGAGCCCGUAGCACGCAACAAGCGCGGCAGCAUCCGAUCGAGGAAGUGGAAAACGACAGGCACCGGUGCGACGAGAAUCUCGGGCUGACGGAACACGACGCGGAACAUCAGGAGCCGAGCGAGGACAUCGAAGGAGAUCACCAGCCGAACGGUAGCAACAGCGACAACAAUUUGGAGAACUCGUGAUGCUAAUCACCCUUUUGUUUCUAUUUGGCGUGUGAUAUGGUCUUCUAUCGCUUCUUUAGUGGCUCUAUAUAGCGACAUAUCUAUUGUUUUCUAUCUCUUUAUGCUUGACAAAGCAAAUUGUUCAGCGUUUUGAUCAUGUAAAGGCAACUUUGCGAGUAAAUA